AGAGAUAAGACAGCAACCCAGCAUCAGCACUGCGCUCAGCUCACAGUCUGAUCCGCUGGAGGAGUGAGUGACAGAGCGAGUGACAGUCUCGGACCGUAUCAAAACCAUUUUCUUAUCAUGGGGCUCAGAGUAGUUGACGCUUCCUUGCUUCUCGUCCUGGCUGCAGCAGUGCUCGUGAAUGUAGGUACAGCAGGAGCUUCUGAAUCCGGAAGCGUGAGAUCCGGACUCGGGUCCGGAUCAGACUUUAGAGUCAGAACUCUUCUUCAGACGGGAACAGACAGAGGCAGAUUUCCUGAUUGCAGCCGCAACGCUUCGGCCUGCCUCGACCCCAAAUUGACACCAGAUGGACCUGACUGCUGCUUCGGCAGGUGCUUCAACAUUAGGACCAGCGCCAACCACUGCGGAGGCUGUGGCAAUCUGUGCGGAUACAGGCAGUCCUGCUGCAGCGGGCGAUGUGUGAAUCUGCUGAUCGAUGAGCUGAAUUGCGGUCGGUGUGGUGUGGUCUGCGACGAUGCUUGCGAAAACGGAAUCUGUGGUUACAGCUCUUGAUUUCAUUGCAGCUCCUGGCAGCUGAAUGCUCAGCUCAGCUUUUCCAGUGUGGAGCUCGAGCAACAGUUCUGUCGUGUUUUCAAGCUCGUUUUCUCCGCGGAAGUAUACGGCUCAGCAAUAAUUACACGUAAUCUUGAUGAGUUUUAAUAAUCCUAGUCCUCUGUGGAAGAGAAAUGCAGCAAGUCAGUCAGGCUCAAGAAUGAGCGCUCUCCUUCGUAUAAAGUAUGUAUACUGAAUAGGCAGUGGCGGUGCUAGAUCUCCUGGAACUCGGAUUGGGUGUGCAUCGGCAGUCUAGUACAUUUUCCGCAAGUAUUGGUCACAUUUAAUGGACACACAGUGUACUUGUGCCUGUGCUGAAGCAGUGCUACUACACAGAGAUUCAGCUCAAUAACUCGAGUAGUUGCGGCUAAGGUUAGGAGGAGAAUAUCCACCUUUCGAAUUCAGUUGAAUGCGCAGAAUGUCUUGGAAGAAUAAAGAAAAACUUGAAAGCAGAACUACUUCAUGCCCUCGAGCUUUUCGUCAAGCUUUCGAUCGUCGACGUGUGAAUUUACCGACUUUGCUUUCUACAAGACCAUGGGCUGAUGAUCCACACACAGCACAGAUCGUUUGUCAGCUACUGUGUGCAACGUUCGUAUGUAGAUGUUCAGGCUUGCGACGUUCCAGUAAGAGAGGCGG